AUGGCUAAAUUCAAGGCAUUAGCUCUCGUCGCGUUGCUUGUGCUUUCUAGUGUGUUUGUGGUGUCCCAGAGUCGAGACAUCAAGGCCGAAAAGGCGGCCCAAGUAAGGACCGAGGGGUUGGGGUUGGACUUGGGUGGUAUUGGCAUCGGGAUUGGUGCUGGCAUUGGUAUCGGGUUAGGUGGUAGCGGUAGUGGAUCAGGGGCAGGAGCGGGUUCGGGCUCGGGAGGCUCCAGUAGUUCAAGCUCGAGCUCGAGUUCAAGUUCGAGUUCUAGCUCUGGUGGUGGUGGUGGUGGGGCGGGAUCCGAAGCCGGAUCCUCUGCCGGGUCGUAUGCUGGAUCCAGAUCCGGAUCGGGUGGCAACGGAGGCGGUGGCAGCGGCUACGGUGGUGGCCAGGGAAGUGGCUACGGUGGAGGUGGCGGCAGGCACUAA